UCUCACAACCUCAUUCAACAGGCAUUUGUGUGCACUCCAUGUCCGGACCAGCCUCGUUUUGACCAUAAAUGCUACUACACAGACAGCAUUCGUAUGGGAGAACGAUGUUUAGUCAUGGAUGUCGUCCUGUUGCGCACUGUGACGCCUAAACCUCCACAGUCCCUCUUUGGGCUAUUUCGGUCUUGGUAGUGCCACCAUCCGUUUUUUGGGGUUUUUUCCCCCCCUUCUUUUUUUUUUUUUUUUUUUUUAGCGGAAAGUACAGCAUACAAGGAUGGCAGGUCCUCUUAACGGAUCGAACCUUACCUCAAACUACACAAACCAGUUUGUGCAGCCGCCGUGGCGCGUCGCGCUCUGGUCUGUAGCCUACAGCGCGGUGCUGACCGUGGCCGUGUUCGGCAACCUCAUCGUCAUUUGGAUCAUCUUGGCUCACAAACGCAUGAGGACGGUGACCAACUACUUUUUGCUCAACCUGGCCUUCUCCGAUGCCUCCAUGGCCGCCUUCAACACUUUGAUCAACUUUGUCUACGCGACCCACGGGGAGUGGUACUUUGGGGAGGCGUACUGCAAAUUCCACAACUUCUUCCCGGUCACGUCCGUGUUCGCUAGCAUUUACUCCAUGACUGCAAUCGCCGUGGACAGGUACAUGGCCAUUAUCCACCCACUAAAGCCUCGUCUGUCAGCCAAGGCCACCACUGGAGUCAUCGCCUUGAUCUGGAGUCUGGCCGUGGUUCUGGCCUUUCCUCUCUGCUACUUCUCCAGGAUUAGAGUUCUGCCUCGCCGGACUGUAUGCUAUGUUGCGUGGCCCCGCAUGGAAGCUGACCCUGUAAUGUACCACAUCAUAGUGACAGUGCUGGUCUAUGUGCUACCUUUGGUGGUGAUGGGCAUCACCUACUCCAUCGUGGGAGUCACUCUGUGGGGAGGGGAGAUCCCUGGAGAUUCAUCAGACAACUAUCAUGGACAACUGCGAGCUAAAAGAAAGGUAGUUAAGAUGAUGAUCAUUGUCUUGGUGACCUUUGCUUUCUGCUGGCUGCCCUAUCACAUCUAUUUCAUUGUGACGGGCCUCAACAAGAAUCUGAGCAAGUCAAAGUCUAUCCAGCAAGUUUACCUGUCUGUGCUGUGGCUGGCCAUGAGCUCCACCAUGUACAAUCCCAUUAUCUACUGCUGCCUGAACAGCCGGUUCCGCGCUGGCUUCAAGCGAGCUUUUCGGUGGUGCCCUUUCAUCAAGGUCUCCAGUUACGACGAGUUGGAACUUCGCUCAAGCCGGCAGCACCCGACCCGGCAGAGCAGCAUGUACACACUCUCCAGAAUGGACACUACCAUGGUUGUGGUUUACGACCCCGCUGAAGGGGAUGGCAGCAGCGGACGGAAGUGGUCCCUGUCCUCUCGGAAGAGAAGCUACAUCACGUCUCGCCACACACCUGCCUCUUGCAGCAUUGGAAGCAUAAAAACCCAAAAUGGCGGCACACCGAAUCCUCAAGCUGAGCAAUUCUCUUGAGUGGUAUUUUUCCUACUGUGCAUCAACAAUGACAUAAAGAAGCAGGCAUAUGAGAAUUUGACACACCUCCAUGAUGCAUAGAUACAAUCAAAGGGUUUGUGUCAGUGGCCAAUUUUAGGGUGCCCCUAAAAUUAAUUUCCAAGGUCAUCCAUCGACCUAAUGUAGUAGGCAUAAUACAUGUACACUGUUUGGAUGGAUGGAAAAAUGAAGUUGGAUCCGUGAAACCUAGUGGUGCCCCCGCUGCAUAUUUGAAGGCUCUUCAUAAUUCUUAGCUGAUGUGAAACUGCACAUUACCGUGUCACAAAGUUUUACUCUAACCAGAUUGAUUGUCUCCUGCAACAGUGAAUUCCUGCUUAGUCAGAAAAAGCAAAUCACGUCUUGACAUCGAAAUUAUAAAUUGUCCCAUUAUUUUCAGCCCCAUGGUUCCAGUUAUUGCUGUUUAAAUGAUGAUUUAUUAGUUCUGGUUGGAUUUACACUAUUAAAACACUGCGUGGUUCUUCUUCUUUUCCUUUCGGCCUGUCCCGUUAGGGGUCGCCACAGCGUGUCAUCUUUUGCCAUCUUAGCCUAUCUUCUGCAUCUUCCUCUCUAACCCCAACUGCCCUCAUGUCUUCCCUCACCACAUCCAUAAACCUUCUCUUUGCUCUUCCUCUCGCUCUUUUGCCUGGCAUCUCCAUCCUUAGCACCCCUCCACCAAUAUACUCACUCGCCUCUGUACAUGUCCAAACCAUCGAAGUCUGCUCUCUCGAAUCUUGUCUCCAAAACAUCCAACUUUGGCUGUCCCUCUAAUGAGCUUAUUUCUAAUCCUAUCCAACCUGCGCACUCUGAGCGAGAACCUCAACAUCUUCAUUUCUCCUACCUCAAGUUCUGGUUCCUCUUGUUUCUUCAGUGCCACCAUCUCUAAUCCGUACAUCAUGGCCGGCCUCACCACUGUUUUGUAAACUUUGCCCUUCAUCCUAGCAGAGACUCUUCUGUCACAUAACACACCAGACACCUUUCGCCAGCUGUUUCAACCUGCUUGGACCCGUUUCUUCACUUCCUUACCACACUCACCAUUGCUCUGGAUUGUUGACCCUAAAUAUUUGAAGUCGUCCACCCUCGCUAUCUCUUCUCCCUGUAACCUCACUCUUCCCCCUCCACUUUUCUCAUUCACGCACAUAUAUUCUGUUUUACUUCGGCUAAUCUUCAUUCCUCUCCUUUCCAGUGCAUGUCUCCAUCUUCCCAAUUGUUCCUCUGCAUGCUCCCUGCUCUCACUGCAUAUCACAAAUCAUCUGCGAACAUCAUGGUUCAAGGGGACUCCAGUCCAACCUCAUCUGUCAGCCUAUCCAUUACCACUGCAAACAGGAAGGGACUCAGAGCUGAUCCCUGAUGCAGUCCCACCUCCACCUUAAAUUCUUCUGUCACACCUAAGGCACACCUCACCAUUGUUCUGCUGCUAUCAUACAUGUCCUGUACUAUUUUAACAUACUUCUCUGCCACACCAGACUUACGCAGGCAGUACCACAGUUCCUCUCUUGGUACUCUGUCAUAGGCUUUCUCUAGAUCCACAAAGACACAAUGUAGCUCCUUCUGACCUUCUCUGUACUUUUCCACUAGGAUCCUCAUGGCAAAUAAUGUAUCUGUGGUACUCUUUCUAGGCCUGAAACCAUACUGUUGCUCGCAGAUACUUACUUCUGUCCUGAGUCUAGCCUCCACUACUGUUUCCCAUAACUUCAUUGUGUGGCUCAUCAACUUUAUUCCUCUAUAGUUCCCACAGCUCUGAACAUCCCCUUUGUUCUUAAAAAUGGGAACGAGAGCACUUUUCCUCCAUUCUUCAGGCAUCUUUUCCCCCGCUAGGAUUUUGUUGAAUAAGUUGGUGAAAAACUCCACAGCCAUUUCUCCAAAUUGCUUCUAUACCUCUACCGGUAUGUCAUCAGGACCAACUGCCUUUCCAGUUUUCAUCCUUUGUAGUGCCUUUCUGACUUCCCCCUUAGUAAUCAUUGCCACUUCCUGGUCCUUCACACUUACCUCUUCAACUCUUCCUUCUCUCUCAUUUUCUUCAUUCAUCAACUUCUCAAAGUAUUCUUUCCAUCUAUUUAGCACACUACUGGCACCAGUCAACACAUUUCCAUCUCUAUCCUUAAUCACCCUUACCUGCUGCACAUCCUUCCCAUCUCUAUCCCUCUGUCUGGCCAACCUGUAGAGAUCCUUUUCUCCUUCUUUCGUGUCCAACCUGGUGUACAUGUCUUCAUAUGCCUCUUGUUUAGCCUUUUCCACCUCGACCUUUGCCCUACGUCGCAUCUCGAUGUACUCCUUUCGCCUCUCCUCAGUCCUCUCAGUAUCCCACUUCUUCUUCGCUAAUCUCUUUCCUUGUAUGACUCCCUGUAUUUUGGGGUUCCACCACCAAGUUGCCUUCUCCCCUUUCCUACCAAAAGACACACGAAGUACUCUCCUGCCUGUCUCUCUGAUUACCUUGGCUGUCGUAGUCCAGUCUUCCGGGAGUUUCUGCUGUCCAUCGAGAGCCUGUCUCAUCUCUUUCCCAACAUUCUUCCUUUGUCAUCUUCCACCACAUGGUUCUCUGCUCUACCUUUGUCUUCUUAAUCUUCCUACCCAUCACCAGAGUCAUCCUACACAGCACCAUCCUAUGCUGUCGAGCUACACAGUCCCCUACCACUACUUUACAGUCAGUAAUCUCCUUCAGAUUACAUCGUCUGCACAAAAUAUAAUCCAUCUGCGUGCUUCUACCUCCGCUCUUGUAGGUCACUAUAUGUUCCUCCCUCUUCUGGAAAUAAGUGUUCACUACAGCCAUCUCCAUCCUUUUUGCAAAGUCCACCACCAUCUGUCCCUCAAAGUUCCUUUCCUGGAUGCCAUACUUACCCAUCAUUUCUUCAUCGCCCAUGUUUCCUUUCCCAAUAUGUCCAUUACAAUCUGCACCAAUCACAACUCUCUUGCUGUCUGGGAUGCUCAGAACUAAUUUCUCUUUCAACUCUAGGUCACGUCCUACCUGUGGGGCUUAGCCGCUAACCACAUUAUACAUAACACCCUCAAUUUCAAAUUUUAGUCUCAUCACUCAAUCUGAUACUCUUUUCACCUCCAAGACCUUCUUAGCUAGCUCUUCCUUUAAAAUAACCCCUACUCCAUUUCUCUUUCCAUCUACUCCGUGGUAGAAUAAUUUAAACCCCGCUCCUAAACUUCUAGCCUUACGACCUUUCCACCUGCUCUCUUGGAUGCACAGAAUAUCAAUCUUUCUCCUAAUCAUCAUGUCAACCAACUCCUGAGCUUUUCCUGUCAUAGUCCCAGCAUUCAAAGUCCCUACACUCAGUUGUAGGCUCUGUGCAUUCCUCUUUUUCUUCUGACGAUGGAUCCGGUUUCCUCCUCUUCUUUGUCUUCGACCCACAUUAGCUGAAUUUCCACUGACGACUAACUUUAUACUGUCAGCAGGGUAAAUCAGACUAUGUUUUGAUGACUGUGAAUAUGUAAGUACGUCAAAGUUUAUUUUGCAGCAUCACUAACUGAACUUUAUUUGAUGUGUGGAACUACUGUGUGUCUCUCAAAUGAAUGUUGAGUCACUUCUGUUGUCCGCUGAACUACUUAAUAGAGCUCUUUAUGUGUAAAUGAAGAAGAAAUACUGUAUAAGAUGAAGAAUAUGUGGAGCUUUUGGACUGCUGUCUUUUUUUUUUCUUAAAAAAAGUACAAUUUAAACAUCACGCAGCUAUUAUUUCACUGUGCUGUUGGACCCUGUGAAUCCUCUUUAAGUCAGUCAUGCAACAGAACACAACUGCCAUGCAAUUUGUUGUGUUCUGCUCAGUCCCUGCAAAAAGCAACAAAAGCUGCUGUAAUUAGAGAAAAUUUUACAUCAAAAUAAAGAAAAAAAACAAUAAUGCAAGGUUUUAAAAUGCUAGUGUUCUUCUUUUGGUCAAUCUCUUUAAUAUGCUUUUUUUUUAGUUGUUGUAUUGUCCUUUAAUAUGAGUUUUGAAUGUUUCGAGGCUUCUUGAAAGUACAGGCACAAAAAAUCUGACGUUACUUUAAAUGUUUAAUGUAUUUAUAUCAAGUGUUUGUUACACUCCUCCCCCCCCCCAAAAAAAAAGAUUUGGUAGUUUUGUAUCAAUGUUAAAAUAUACAGUACUAUGUGUCUUUUGUGU